AUCCAUGCUCCUGGGCCUAAUGAUUUGCUUCCAAGGUCCUAGUAAGUUUAUCAACUAUGGGAGGCUAACAUUAGAAUAUCCUUAUGCCAAGGUCAAGAGGGGAAACCGGUAUUGCACAGGGUAUUUCUCAGGAGAAGAAACCCUCUCUUGGUUAGUGUUUCAACGAUACUUGCAAUGACAUUCAAGCAACAUAUCCACAAAUCGAGCUGGUAUGAACCUGACUGUCAACUAGCGUCUAUUGGGCCUCGAGAGUUUGAUGCAGCUCAACUGCAUAUGACGCAGUGUUUUCAGUCACGCGCAUAUCCAACGUGGAAAAUGGUGUACAAAUUUGCUCUUGAAAGUGAGCCUAUGAGCUUUUAAAGGCUCAUAAAUGCCACGCUGAUGUGCCAUUGGCUUGUCGAAUAUUACAAUGCGCUGUCAUACUUGGUACAAGUAUGAUCUCCUGGCAUGGAUGAAUUCGGGUUAUCAAUUCAACUUCAUGACCCCAUUCAUGCCUCCACCUCAAACGGUUUAACCACAAACCUCUGUACAUUUUUGAGCUGUUCGACCCUCGCACCAUUUCUCAUGUAGGCUGGGAUCUAGACAUUUCUCUAACCCUGGUAAAGUGUGCCAACAGCCACAUUCAAAUAAGACACAUUGGGGCUAAAACAUCAAGGACAAAGGAUCAACACAGUCAGAUAUAAACAGCAAAGGCGGUUUCACACAAUUGUUUUCAUCCAGUCAGAAGCUCUGCUCUAGCCAACUUGCACUAACUUUGACUUGCUGCGACACUUCUCCCUUGAAGCGAGGCGUUCGAGGCGCCAACGAUCAUCCACAGCUACAAUUAAGUCUCAACAGUCACCCACCUUUAACACGUUCACCAUUCACAGUCGAUCUUGGGCCGAAGGAGUGGGAUUUCCCUUUAACGUUUCCCAACUUCAUUGGCUUUUGUAAAUAUUCCUCGUCCCACAAAGGGACUGACAACUGGUGUGCACCCGCUUCAUUACGUACUCUACACCAUGGUCUUGUCCCAAAUGAUCGCCAGAGACACGCUAGGUGGUCCUGCAGGAGCGCAGGUACUGGCUAUGCCACUCUGGAAUGUGAACGCGCCUCACAACCUCGAUUUCAUCCCACCAUCGCGACCCCACGGGUCCCUUGGUGUGUCUGCGAGCCCCUCAUGCUCAUGAGCCAUCAUCCGAGACCUAUGCGAUCAACCGUGGGCUGACCAGGGUUGGCAUGCCGGGCCUUUUCGUUCAUAGUCGACCUGAUAUCCAUAUAUAGAUGCACCAACUUAUAACAAGUCCGUCUUUCCCAUCAAAGACAAAGGAGUUCCCCUCACCAACACACCCUCUCAACCCAACUCUUUGUGCCUCUUCUUUUACUGUGUCCAAAGCACAACCACACAAUCUACUACCAACUCAAGUUGCCAUCAUGGAGCCAGAGACAGUAGCCACCUCCUUUGAGAAAGAUGCUUGCAAGACAAAGGACAAUGCCCCCAAGGGCAAGACUCGAAGUAGUUCUCUUUUAACAAUCAGCUCGGGCUUCACCUUUCUGGCUGCUCUCCCUGGAGGAUCAAGCUCUUCGUCGUCUUUCAGAUCAUCAUCUUUUCGAUAAAUACCCAACAUCAUCUCUUACUUUGUUCGAUCUGUCCCUCAUUUGCACACUCUUUUGUUUAAUUGUUUAUCAUAGCUUACACUCUGCCGGGCCAGCUGUUUCUUUCUACAUUCCUUCUCAACGUUUUAACUCAACCCGUUUCUCUUCUUUGUUAUACCACAUACAAAAUGCUGGAGCUCAGGUCAUUUAGUCCUGUACGCCGCAGUCUUGACUUUACGCCAUUUUGUUCAGAGAUGGAAUUACCAAGCAAUUUUUACGAGUACCACUUCAGACGUCUUGGUGCUGAGAUCUGUACUAUUGUGUUAUCAGCAUUCUCCCCCAAAGAGGAACACCAGGCUCCUCGAACGUCCCCGUGGCUAAGAGACUAUCCGGAAGAAUUCAUCAGAUAUGUUGAGCUUGUAGCUCAUAUGGACGCACGCGCAGGGAAAUGGGAGAGGCUCCUUCGUGAUAGGGGUGAGAGGACGAACCUUCUUCAAGCUAUCAUUUUCAAGGCUCUUGACAAUCGAGUCUUUUCACGGCUGUUGUUUGGAGCCAGUUCCAAGCAUGAUGAGACAUUACAUAAUUCCGAUAUUGCACUCAUCAAUGAAGAAGGUUUCCAACGUAGCGAACUCCGAGCUCAUACCAAUAGACUUUGGCUUAAAGCGAGCAGAGGGGAGCCCGACUUGUUUUGGAGACAGGUCGACAAGCUAGCCACCGAGGUUUACCUUCUGUUACUCCCCGUCUACGAGUUCACGGUCAGUUUUGAUGGCUAUGAACCUAUUUCCAAAACGAAGUUGUAUCAGCUACUGCACGAUGUUAUUUCAUACGCAGGUUGGCUCAGCGUAGGACUUCGCAUGUCAUCAGCCAUCUUCUCAUUCAACUGGCUCAUACCUGGUGAGCUGUACGCACUGAACCAAGUGAGCACCUGUCAACAGGCGUACCAGGCUUCAAAAGAGGCAGCUCAGCAGCAUGAUAUGCGGUUACAAGAGCAGAGACCUGAAAGAGAGAAAAUGAGCUCCAUGGCUAGAGUCAAGAUAUCGGUCAUUCCAGAGAUCAUUCAAUACCGGCCAUAUCCCAAGGACUCGAAUGUCGAGGGCAUUGACUCUUACAAAAUGAUGGAGCCGCAUGCGGUACAUUAUCAAGGAUUGCUAGAAGAACACGAUGAGAACAGGGUAUUCAUCAGCUUGCCAGACUACAUCAAGAAGCUACGGGAUAGAAAUUGCGCACCACGCAACGCUGCCCUGGUCAUAAUGGUCACUAUGUUGAUCUGUUUGUGGGUUCUUUAUACCACCUCGGGGCAACAAACCUGGCAGAAAGCCAAGGGAUGGGUGAUUCCGGCGCCUGCCAAGCUUAGGAAACCAUUCUGGAGACUAUGGUAGUGUAUCUACCUGAUAUAUGUAGUUGUGACUAGGUGGGGGUUGUUAUGUCUGUUGUUGCACUUGGAUUUUGGAGUUUAUAAAGGUUACAUCGGAACAAUACAAUGCGACGGUAUUUAGUUUUCUUUUUGGCAAUUCCGAGAGGAAUACCACUCCUCGAUCCAAUCUGUAAAGUUUUUAAGAUAACCAUGGGAAUGUCAUGGAUAUUAAAGUGUUUGACGGUUUACUUCAGGGUAGUUCUGGGCCAAAGUCAACAGCUUGUAGAUGCUCUUUUCGCUCCGGCACCACAACAGCGGAUC